GCAGCAACAACAAAGCCCGCGAAUUUAUUUCGUCAAGAUGGCGCCAAAGAAAGGAACCACAACGAAGUCAGACGUGAUACAAGAUGGCUGGAAAUGGGUUCAUGGUUUGGAAAAGCCAGUUACGCUGGAUUCAAUUCUUCCGAACAACAUUCGCAAAUGUUAUCAAGUUGAUGCGCAAAAAUGUGAGAAAGGAUGUUGCAGAGUAAACUGCAAAAAGAACCCAAGUUGUCAUAAUUGUCUUGGAGAACGGUUUUGGAAUGGAGAAAUCAAAGACAGUUUUUGGGUUGAUAUUGAAGAUCCCAACAAGCAAAGAAAAGAAAUUGGAAGCCAUGUUGGGCUUAAAAAUCUAGGGGCUACAUGCUAUGUCAAUACCUUUCUGCAGCUGUGGUUCCAUAAUCCUGACUUCAGGUCGGCAAUUUUCAAAUGGAUUCCAUCAGAGGGUUAUCAGUUUCCUUCUCAAGAUAAUGGAGCCACUGAAAUAAAGACAGAAGAAAGGGCUGAAAAAAACAACUUCCCGGUUUUAAAAACUCUACCAGCUCCAACAUUUGGUUCUUCAAAAGCAGACAAUAUUUGCGGCAAUUUGCAGCUCCUUUUUGCUCUUCUAAAACAUAGCGAGAAAAGUUUUGUAGAUCCAACCCCGUUUGUGUACUCGCUGGGGCUGCAGACAGAUGAACAACAGGAUGCGCAAGAGUUUUCUAAACUUUUUAUGUCAUUGUUGGAAGACACCUUAGCCAACCAGCAGAGUAACAUUCGAUGGCUCGUGCAGGACCAGUAUGGUGGAAAAUAUGCCUAUGAGACAAGGUGUACACAUUGCGGAAAAGUAUCAAAAACAGGGUCGAAUUUCUACGAGCUUGACUUAAACAUCCAAGGACAUUCAAUGUUGAAAGAAUGUAUCAAGGAAUUUUUAAAGGAGGAAAGGCUGGAUGGUGACAACAUGUACUACUGUACCAAUUGUCAAGUGAAGCGAGAUGCUGAGAGGAAAAUUGUCCUCCAGGAACUACCCCCGGUUCUGAAUUUACAGCUUCUAAGGUUUAUUUUUGACAGGAACACCGGCUCGAAGUUGAAAUGCAACUCUAGCAUAAAAUUUCCGGACCAACUUGAUAUGAACGAGUUUAUCAAGUUUCCUGAUGAGUCCAAAGGAAUUUACGAAUUGACAGCUGUUCUCCUGCACUGCGGCCUCAGUGCCUCAUCAGGCCAUUAUGUGGCUCACAUCCUGGACAAAAAAGAUGAUGCCUGGUACCGUUUUAAUGACGAAGUGGUGCAGAAAAUGACAGGUCGAAAGCUACAGCUUGGUGUGGAAGAAGACCCAGAAGAUAAUGGAAAGCUGUCAAAGAAAGGAAAGAUACCAAAAGGAUAUCACUCGUCAAAGAAUGCCUAUAUGUUAGUAUACUCAAGAAAAGGAGAAGAAACCAUCUCAUCUACUGAGGACCAGCAACUUCCCAUUGAAAUCCAGCAGUUUGUGGCAUCAAAUAACAGUUUCUUUGAAGCCUGGAUAAAAGAAGUAGAAGAUAUGAGGGAUGAAAGGGUGCGAAAUGGUCGACAGCAACAAGCAGAUGUAUUAGAUAUAUAUAACAACAUGCAGCCAUCGUCAGUAGAGACAAGUGAGUGGGUAUCGACGGAUUGGCUUCGGAGGUGGUUGAACGAGAAACAACCCAAUACUACACCGAUUGAUAACACGCAUCUAGUCUGCAAGCAUGGAAGGUUCGAUCCGUGCAAAGUACAUCUUUCAAAAAAGAUCUCCAAAUACUCGGCAGAGAAACUGUUUGAGAAAUACGGAGGCCUUCACAGGUUACAAAGCGAUGCGCUUUGUGUGAAGUGCGUUUUCAAUCGAGCAAAGCGAAUUCAGUUUGAAGCUCGAAUUGACAGGGAUAGCAAGAUAAUUGGGAAUGCAAUCAAAUCAACUUGCAGUGGUGUAAAUAGCUUUUGGAUUGGACGGUCGUCUUUGAAGCAGUGGAAACGACUGGCCUUGGAAACUGCGAGAUUUGAUGAUGCUGAUGACGUAAGCGAUGUCACUGAAGAACUUUACGCGAAUCAAAACAGCAAGUCAGAGCAAGAUAACCUCGAUAAUGCGAAGGAAACGUCUCGUACAAAGGAGAAUGGUUUGACAAAAGAGAUCUCUUCUGAGAAGAAUAGCACACCAUCGCGUGAGCAACAGCUUUCUCUGAAACGAAAACUCGAGGAAGAACGCGAAGACAGGGGUGGAAAAUUAGCGAAAUUAGAAGACCAAUUCAAUGAUUUGAACGGACUGAAAGAAACAAGUUCUGCGGAAGUUAUUGAUUGUGGCAAUGAUGUCAGUAUUCAAAUCACUGAGCAAGAAAGUGAUUUUAACUCGGAAAUCCAAUGCACAGAGCAUGGCAAGUAUCGAAUUUUUAGCGCCGUACAGGUUAUACAGCACCGUGCAGGUUAUACAGCGAUGUUUUCGAAAAAUUUUGCUUCCCCACCAACUAGAUUUGAUUAUUUCAUUCAAUUGCUGCGUUUCUUACCAGCUAUUUCUCGUCCAGGUAAUCUUUGCAUCGAUGAAAACAAAAGGCGGUUGAUUUCUGCUGAGGCAUGGAGUUGCCUUAAAUUUUACUUCAAGGAUUGCACUGAGUUUUCUGUCCGAGCUGACCCUUGUCCGUUGUGCCAGGUUUGCAGUGUAAAGAAAAAGGAACGUAAGGAGGUGGCAAGAGUUCUUGCGAAUGAAAUGAAAAAUGCAUUAAUAGAUCUUUAUCAGAACACUUCAAGGCCAGUGCUGUCGACACAGAUUCCAUUUGAAGUUUUUGUUGUUAGCAGAGGUGCUGUUGACGAGUGGAAACAUUUUCUCAGAUUUGCAAAAGUUCCAGCUUACAACCAAGUAGAAAAUAUUGAUUUGUUCUGUGAACACCAGAAAUUGCUGUACAGUGCAGAAGAUAUCAUGAGCCAGUCAUCAGAUGAAGAAUAUGUGCUUCUGUCUUCAAAUGAGUGGAAAAUACUCUCGACAUAUGCGAAUUUUGAUUUUGAAAUUAAGCUGACUCACAGGGUGGCUGAGGCAGGUCGGAUCUUGGAACUUUCUCAAGAAUGCUGCGAAAAGUGCCGCUCUCAAAGAAUUUCGGAAGAGCAAGAGCUUAAUUUGCAGUAUUUCAGUGCACCAAUUUACGUGCGAAAGGUCUUCCAGCUUGAUCAAAUGCAAGUCAUGAUAGAUGAAGAGAACAUUCCUGAUUUAAACGAACCUUUAAUCAACAUUGAGGAGGAUGUUCCCGACAAGAAAACAGCCAAAAAAUUUAAAAGGAGGCCAUCUGAGGGAACACGAAAGAGCUCUAGGUAUCGACUGCAGCGAGGCGAGUACAUGUUCAAAGUAGAUUCUAGCCAAACACUCAAGGAGGUUAAAGUUCAGCUGAUCCCUGUGUUCUCAGUCCUACCAUGUGACCAGCACUUAAGCUUGCUCAACGGUACUCAAUUAGACGACGACUCGAAGUCGCUCUGUGACCUUGGUAUUCUUCCUGGAUCCGUCUUGCUCCUCCGGGUUGAUGAACCAAGUCAAGAGGUUCCAGUUCUCGAAGAAACUAACUCAAACAAUCAACGGAAACUCGAGGAGGGUUUCAAAGGGACUGGCCUAUAUGGAAGCUUUCAGCAAAUUUAGACUGUAUCCAUGGCAGGCAAGAGGCCAAACAUGGAACUAGUUGGACUUCAAGCUUUUGAAGGCGAUCCUCGUAAAGUAUUCUGGAGAAAAUAUGAAGUAUUAUUUAGUGCUAUGGUAUUGAUCAAAACUAUAACUGCAGGGCUUAAUGCCUGCGAUUACGGUCUUUUGGUGAUCAGGAAUUCGACAGAGGCUGACUAUUCAUCAUAUCUGUAUAGAUGUUACCUUAUUAUAGUUCUGUAUUUCUAUGAAAUAUAUUGUCCAUCCAGCAA